AUGAUCGUGCGUUUGGAAUGUUUUUCCUACUAUUGUCAGAUCCAGUUCGCGCAGAGACUGGCCGCCAACGAGAAGCGGGUCAGGGACCGCGCCGUGAAGAAGCUGCGGGGCUACAUCAGCGUCAGGACCCAGAGCCCGGCGGGUGGCUUCAGCCAAGAAGAACUCUUAAAAAUAUGGAAAGGGCUAUUCUACUGUAUGUGGAUGCAGGAUAAACCUCUGCUACAGGAGGAAUUAGCAGAUAAUAUUUCUCAGCUAAUCCAUGUCAUUCAGAAUGUGGAGGCUCGACACCUGUUCAUUCAGACAUUUUGGCAAACCAUGAACCGUGAAUGGAAUGGGAUAGACAGGCUACGCCUUGAUAAAUACUACAUGCUAAUCCGUAGAAUUUUGAAGCAAUCCUUUGAGGUACUGAAAAGAAAUGGAUGGGACGAGAGUCUAACUGAACCGUUUCUGGAGCUACUAAUGAAAGAAAUUAUGCACCCAGAGAGUAAUGCACCCAGUGGAAUAAGAUUCCAUUUUAUUGACAUCUAUCUGGAUGAACUGUCUAAAGUUGGAGCCAAAGAGCUUACAGCAGAUCAGAAUCUCAAAUUUAUUGAACCUUUCUGCAAAAUUGCUGCCAAAUCAAAGGAUCGUCACAUGAUGCAAGCAGUAGCUCGGGGUAUCUUUGAAACCAUUGUGGAUCAGUCCCCUUUUGCCAUUGAAGAUCUAAUGAAAGAAGUGAAAACAAACGGGGGUGGUGAUGACCUAUCUGAAGAAGACGAAUUGAAAGAUGGUGAAGAAGGGGUAAUGGCCAAAGACAAACAUUUGUCAAGAAAAUCAACACAGGACCCUGAAAAACAGGAGGACCUUUCUGAGGAUGCUGAUGAAAACAUUGGGCCUGUUCUCCAGUUUGACUAUAAAGCUGUUGCCGACAAGCUCUUUGAAUUGGCAAGCAGAAAAAAUACCCCUGCCUGUAACAGAAAACGCCUGUACAAAUUGGUCAAAAAAUUCCAGGACCUUGCAGAAGGCAUCUUUCCACAAGAUAAUUUCCCUGAAGAUGUUUCUACAGAUGAAGAUGAUGAUACAUUCAGCAGGGGAAGACGAAAGAAGAAAGCUGUCAAAUCUGUGGAGAAAACUAAGGUGGAAAAAGCCAAAGAGAAGGAUGGAAAAGAAACAUCAAGUGCAGAGGGAGAAGAUACCUCAGGACACCAGAAGAAGAGGAAGAAAAGAAAAAAGAAGAAUAGUCCAAGUGCUGACUCUGGCACAGCUGAUGGAAGUAGUGAGGGGGGCAUAAGUGAUGUAGUUGAGCCCACUGAACCCAAUAAGGUCAGCAUGCCAGAAAAUAGUAAGAGGAAAAAGAGAGAGGCAAAUGAGACGGAUGUUGGAACAACCAGCACUGGAGAGGACAAUGAUAAGUGUGCACAGGACGCUGUUACUGGCAUAGCACAGAAUAAAAAAAGACUGAGGAAAAAGGCUCCCAAAUUACUGAUGGUUCAUGGAACAUCAGUACAUCAAAAUGGAGUUAAUGCCAGUGCCCUGGAGGAUACCAGCCCCUGUGCCACCAUAACUCCCAAACUGGAGAAGAAGAAAACGGGAGUUGUCUUAAUGAAUAGAAACGGCUUAUCUCAGCAGGUUGUAAUGAAACCAGAAGAGGAAAGCUUGCUAAAUAACUUCACAGGCAAAGAGGACUCAGAAUCCAUAAUUCCCAAAAAGGUCAAAUUGAAGAAAAAAGCAAAGUUGGGUAGCUUGGAAGGGAUUAGGGCUUCGAACCAGAAAAAGGCAGCCCUGAGAAAGAAGAGGAAGAUAAAAGAGGUGUUAAACUCUGUGGAAACUAAUGGAGUUCUUGAGACUGCUUGCAAGAAAAGCAAAGCAAGUGACAUUGGUGGUGCUCUAUCUCCACUGAAGAAGAAGAAAGCAAAGACAGGAAAUGACUUUGUGAAAUUUGAAAAAACAACUUUACCAAAGCCAGUGUUCUUCAGGAAAGCCAAAGGCAGUAUCUCCUCUACCAGGACAUCCCUGCAGUUAAACAAGCUUCAAUCCUCCAGUUCCAAAAAAGUCACCUUUGGGUUGAAUAAGAACAUGACUACUGAAUUUAAAAAGACAGACAAGAGUAUCUUGGUGAGCCCAGAAGGACUCUCUCGGGUAGCUUUCAAUCCUGAACAAAAGCCUUCUCAUGGAGUACUGAAGUCUGCAGGUACGCUGGUAGGAGUCCUUCAAACAAAGAAACAGCUUACAACAUCAGUGAAGAAGAGACCAACAGCUAUGGACUUCUUUUAAGCCAACUAGAAGUGGCCCACUUUUAUACAGGACAUUUCGCUCAAUUAAAACUUUCGGGGGGGGGUAUUUUGUAACUUUUUUUAUUAAGUUGUUGCAAAUUGCAUAGUAAAGGUUUUGAUUACAGCCUGUGACACUGCAGCUUCUUAACACCUCUUCAGCUGUAUCUUGAAAUACUUGUGGCCCCUAUUACAGAAAAGGAAUGAAAUGGGCUCCCUCUCCUCAGGUUUCCAAAGGGUGUGCUCUCUCGCCCCUGUGUUCUCAAGAGACGCUAGAUAAAAAUUAGGGUCAUAUUUUUGAGUUAAAUGUGCACUUCAAGCCAUUUGACUGUCUAUAACAUGUCAGGAUUUGAAAAACAAACAAACAGAAGUUGUCUAUUAAUGUAUUUAAAGACUCGCUCUUGUCUCUUGUCAGGCUGAUUGAUGGCAUUCUGGUUUAUCCUUAUUCUUGCUAAUGAGCUUUUCAAUCAGCCUCUGAAAAUAAUGAAAACAGCAUCUCACUUAAAUGGACCACUGGAUUCUCAGCAGCCUUACUCAUGAUAGAAAUACAGUAGUUAUUUAGGUGAUCAUCUUUAUAAACCAAUCUGUGGCACUGGGUGGCUGCCCAGCUGCUAAUGCGCACAACACAUUACCUGUAACACAAGUGCCAAAGCUGACUAUUACUUCACGAUUGCUUGUGACGUUAUCAUUGGUUUCUCCACGUUGCUCCUUCUUUCUGCUGUACAACUGAAACAAUACUAUUGUAUUUGAGAAGUCUUUUACAUUUGAACUCCUCUUUCCCCAAGGACCUUUCAAAGGUUUCAAAAAAGUCUGUCUUCUGCCCUGCCUAUUGAUGUCACUCUAUUUGAACAGAGAUCACACUUUCAUUGAGUUAAAGAAGUUCUUACCACAUUAAAGUGAACCUAGUACAUCUUUGUUUAGGAUACACAUCUCUCCAAAAGCCUUGGUGCCUUUCAAAACGGGGUAGAGCUUUACAGCCCAAGCCACUCAUACCUUUUUUAAAGGUAACACCAGAAAAGUGUCUUCUCCAGGAUUGCUUGUAUCUGUGUGUUUUUAUUCUACAUGAAAUAUUCAUGCAGAAUAUUCUGUAAUUACUCUUCAUGAUCUAUAUUUAAGGAUUUCUUUUUCCUUGAGUUCAGUCAAAAAUUAGGUAAACUUCUGUAACAGACCAUUGUUGUCAUCUAAGGGUGAACUGUGGGGUAGGGAGAUAGCACUAGAUCUCUGCUUUGAACAUGAAUUUUGAAGCGCAAAUAAUUCCAAGAUACACCUAACCAUUUAGUUUCUCUUCAGUUACUUCUGGGACUCUAUAAUCACAGGUAGCCUGUAUCAUUAUCUUGUCCUAUCCAAACUGGCAGAGGUUUAGCUACUUCAGCCAGCAGAGUAAAAUCUGUAAAAAAAAAAAUCUUUUUACUGGUCUCUGGUGCCUACUGUCCUCUGCCAAAUAGCCCCAUCUGCUACUGGAAUUAAACUGUAUUUUCCUUGAAGCAGUUCGUCUAGAGUUUCUCCAAAAUUUUGUAUAAUUGUAAAUUAAUGACAGUUCUCAAUAGCUCAGUUUUAAAUAGCUCCUACUGUUGCACUAAAUUUAAUACCAGUCCACGGCUUGUGGUACUGACGUAAGAGCUUUAGAAAAUCACUUGCUCUCCUGCUGUUUGAAUGUUAUUACUCAGUCAAAAUUAAAGGACUGCAUUUCAGUGGGUUUUAUUUUUUAUUGAUCUGGCCAGUCAAUAGAGACCUAAGGAGAAUUCAGCGCUAUUAAUAUUUGCUGUUUGAUUGUUAUUAAUUUAUACAAAUGAGAAAUUCUCAUUGUGUAUUAGAAAAUUACUCUGACAAGACAAUGGUGAGUAGGAGUCAAUGAGGACUAAUCAAUAAUGUUAUGCUGUUUAUCUUGUACUGUGGGUAAGAAGUCUCUUGUGGAAUAUGCAUUUGUAUAUGCAUGGUUGUUAAUGCAUUAUGUUUGAGAUGCAGUAUUCCUCCAAGGUUGUAGAUGCAACACGAUUAGUAGGUGGAACUGGUGUGCAUAGAGAAACUCGGGUCAGAAGUUCAAAUAAAAUGUUCAUUUUAUAUCUUUCUACAAGCAUCUUCAAAUUUCUGGCUAAUCCCUUAUCGGUUAUGGAUCCUGUGAUCUGCUGCUUGUCCAAAUUUACUGUUGCCCACAAAUGCUAACUGCUGUAGGCAGAAGCAGCUGUGUCACUCUUUAAUGAGCAUUGUAGUGAUGUGAUUUGCUCAUUGUGGAUUCAUGCAUACUGUGUCUGUGCCAUGAUAUCGGUGGAAUGUCUUGUAAAUAUGCAUGUGUAGUACAUAUGGUCUUCAGUGAUGUCUGGGAUUUCAUUCAGGAGUAGUUUUAAAAUCACAAAAUAACCAAAACGGUUGAUGCAAUUUAUUCCAUAUUGUUGGAUUAAACUGAAUAAAUUAUCCAGAACAUUUAGGUAAUGAAAAUUCCAAUAAACACUGAAGACAAAAAGGGAGAAAUAAAUGCACCAUCUGGGAUACCCACUGCACAAACACAAUUGUAGUAUAAAGGUACAUCUCACUUGUUUUAAAAAUAAAGAAGAUUGUUUAAUGUUAUUUCCUAGGUUUAUUCAUAAUUUUAUUCUAAAUCUGCACGUGUCAACCAUAUUGAGAGUCAAAAUAAACAGGAUGAAGUUAAUGUGGCUUAGAUUUAAAAGGGCAGGAUUUUGUAAUGGAUGUCUCUCUCCCUUUUUUUUUUUUUUUUUAACGAAUCUGGUCAACUUUGUACUUAUCAAGCUCUACUGGUUUAUAAUUCUUUAUAACUAAAUGAACUCAAAAGCACAAAAUUAAUUCAGCAGAAAAGCCAAUUUAAAAUUCUAUUUAAAUAUACCUAGUUGGUAAGAGCUUUUAUUUUUUAUCAGAUUUGUGGUUUUGAAAAGCGUCUCGUCCCAUUUUUGUCUUUUAUUUCCUAUACUUAAAUUUUAUGGCAGGCAGGAAAAUAUUUCUUGCAUUACUUUAUGUACCUCUGCAAUUGCAUUGUUAAUCUAACUGUGGAUGGUUUAAACAUUGGAUCACUUAGUUAAGUCCAAUAAAACUGUCUUUUCUGUGGAUGUUCUA